GCAGUGCGUGUCGGGAAAGCGGCGGGCGGGCCCGGGCCCUCGGCGACGGAGGACGCCAUGGUGGGUGGCGAGGCGGCCGCCGCCGUGGAGGAGCUGGUUUCGGGGGUGCGGCAGGCCACUGACUUCGCGGAGCAGUUCCGCUCCUACUCGGAGAGCGAGAAGCAUUGGAAAGCCCGCAUGGAAUUCAUCCUGCGCCACCUUGCCGACUACCGCGAUCCUCCCGACGGCGGCGGCCGCCUGGACCAGCUGCUGUCCCUCUCCAUGGUCUGGGCCAAUCACCUCUUCCUGGGUUGCAGCAUCAUAGCUAAGGCAGAAGAUGCUCCACAUUUCCGUCAUCAGCUUGAGGCUUCCAGAGGAGGCUGGGAUGAAUGUGACAUUGACCACCGCUGCCCUCUUCAUACUCCUGGUGUUACCAGCAUGCAGGAAAGGGCAAUUGGAAUGAAAAGGAGUCUUGCUUAAAUAAGCAUUUUAAAAGUUCUCAUUCUUUCAAUACCUAUUAUUAAGCAAGUAUGCAUGGAUAUUUAUUUAUAAAUCAUGCCUUCAGUUUUCAUGUUAAACUUUGUGUUAUAAAACCCUUUUUUAAAUAAUGGCAGGUGAUGAAUUUUAUAAUUUUGCUUUUUCAACAACAUACCUAAAGAGUGA